CAGCUCACAUCCACCAAACUGCUGGUCAUUUGUCAACAUCUUCAGAUCCCAGCCGAAUUUAGCGGGUUUUGGUUCUCAAAUGACCUCAUAUCCUGUUUUUUUAACUUCCUCUCUGUAUUGCUGGACACCCGUUCGAAGACAUUCGAGGCUUCCCCGACAACCUGAAGUGCAUUCACCACAUUCUGUAGCACCUACGUCUGCAGUCUUGACAAGUGUGGCCACAUGAGUUUAUGAAGAUUCGAUAUUGCUCUGCAGAGGAGUAUGUAGCCCAACCCUUUCAGAGGCGGCUUAUACUGGUAGGCUCUUGUGCCUCUCUGUCAAAAUGGAGAAGGGCAACAUGAAGAUAAUCAACAAAGACCAGGAGGAUGAAAUGGAGGUGUUGGGUUACUGCGUGAGCCGCUGGAGGCUGGCGCUGGUGUGCGUGGGGGUGCUGUGUACUGGGGGUCUCCUGCUGCUGCUGCUCUACUGGCUGCCUGAGUGGGGGGUGAAGAGCACCUGCACACCCUGCCCUCUCAGAGACGCCAAGAUUCUACUGCUCAGAUCCACAGAUGAGUUUAGACGCUGGUUCAGAGUUCAGGUGCACGUGAUGCAGGCACCGGGGCGGAAUCCUUUUGAUGCAGUGGAUCUGAAGACCUCACCACCUAAUGGGCACAAGACACAUCCAUGUCCCGAUGGCUCACCCACAGAGCCUCAGAACUUGCAGAUUUGUUACUUCACCCUUCACAGCAUGCAAUACUUCUGGAACGAUACAAUUCAGAAUUUUGAAGUGAUAAAUGGCCUGGAAGACCAGAGGCUGAGCUGCUCCUCCAUCGUCUCUGAGCACAGCUCAGGGCUCAGUAGACCCCAGCAGGAAUAUAGGAGAUUGUUUUUUGGAGAAAAUGAAAUCGCUGUACGAGUGCCUUCAUUGUUUAAGCUGCUAAUUAAAGAGGUGCUGAAUCCGUUUUACAUUUUCCAACUGUUCAGUGUGAUUCUGUGGAGCGCUGAAGAGUACUACUACUAUGCUGCUACUAUUGUCUUGAUGUCGGUCAUAUCCAUUGCCAUUUCUCUGUACACCAUUAAAAAGCAAUAUGUGAUGUUACAUGACAUGGUGGCAGCCCACAGCAUCGUUCGUGUUUCAGUUUGCAGAGGGAGAAAAGAAGUGGAAGAGGACAUGUCCACUGACUUGGUUCCUGGGGAUGUCAUUGUGAUCCCAUCCAACGGCACCAUCAUGCCCUGUGAUGCUGUGCUGAUCAGCGGAACAUGCAUUGUGAAUGAGAGCAUGCUCACAGGGGAAAGUGUGCCCGUGACCAAAACGAGCCUGCCCAACUCAGACAUGGAGGGCAGGGAGUUGUACAAUACUGAGCUGCACAAAAGACACACUCUCUUCUGUGGUACCCACGUCAUUCAGACACGCUUCUACGCUGGAGAGCUGGUCAAAGCCCUGGUGGUCCGCACUGGCUUUGGCACAGAGAAAGGGCAGCUGGUGCGCGCCAUCCUCUACCCCAAACCCACUGACUUCAAGCUCUACAGAGACGCCUACCUCUUUCUGCUGUGCCUGGUGGGAGUGGCAACGAUCGGAUUCAUCUACACCAUCGUCCUCAGCGUGAUGAACCAGGUGCCAGCUAAGACCAUAAUCAUUGAGUCUCUGGACAUCGUCACCAUCACUGUGCCUCCUGCUCUCCCAGCUGCCAUGACUGCGGGUAUCGUGUACGCCCAGCAGCGGCUCAAGCGCGCUGGGAUCUUCUGCAUCAGUCCCCAGAGGAUCAACAUCUGUGGACAGCUUAACCUUGUCUGCUUUGACAAGACAGGGACACUCACUGAAGAUGGCCUAGAUCUUUGGUCUGUCCACAGAGCUGAAAAUGGAAGAUUUGUACAACCAGAUCAGGACCCAGGUACUGACUGUGAGCUGGAGUCGUCAUUCCUGGCCUGCAUGGCCACCUGCCACUCCCUGACCAAGAUCGAUGGAGAGCUGUCGGGGGACCCGCUGGACCUAAAGAUGUUCAAUGCCACCGGAUGGAUAUUGGAGGAAGCUACAGAGGAGGAGACAUCCCUCCACAAUCCCAUCAUGCCCACGGUUGUUAAGCCUCCCAAACAGCCUAAGGCCAGAGAGUCUGAGGUCAUAGCCACCCCAGAUCAUAGCAUGGAGCUGUAUGAACUGCCGGACACGUAUGAGCUGGGGAUUGUGCACCAGUUUCCCUUCUCCUCUGCGCUGCAGAGGAUGAGUGUGGUGGCUCGUCGGCUCGGGGGGAAGCGCAUGGAGGCCUACCUCAAGGGGGCGCCAGAGGUGGUGGCUAGCCUCUGCCAGAGCUCUACAGUCCCAGAGAACUUCACUGAAGUACUGGAAGAUUACACCAGCCGCGGCUUCCGUGUCAUAGCCUUGGCACACCGUCAGCUAGAAUCCAAGCUAACUUGGCAUAAAGUGCAGAGCCUCAACAGAGAUCAUCUAGAGACUAACAUGGACUUCCUGGGCCUGGUCAUCAUGCAGAAUAAACUCAAGCCAGAGUCCGCAGAGGUUUUGGAAGAUUUGCGACGAGCCAACAUUCGCACUCUGAUGGUCACAGGUGAUAACAUGCUGACAGCCAUCUCCGUGGCCAGAGACUGUGGUAUGAUUGGUCCACAGGAGAGGGUCAUUGUUGUGGAUGCACAGCCUCCCGGUGGUGGCCGCGCUGCUAUGAUCCUCUGGCAUUACACAGACGGCCCCACAGCACUGGCCAAUAAGGACAGCCAUUUCCAGUUGGUUGAGAUGGAGUCAGAUGGAGCUUUGCCGGAUGGUAAGCUGAGGGGGCAGUACCACUUUGCCAUGAGUGGGAAAUCCUUGGCCAUCAUUAUGGAGCACUUCCCAGACCUAGUCCCAAAGCUGGUGCUACGAGGGACAGUCUUUGCUAGAAUGGCCCCUGACCAAAAGACCCAACUGGUGGAGAUACUCCAGAGUGUCGAGUGAGUUGAGUAUUUAUUUUUUACAUGUAAUAUAUUAAUGCAAUGCCGUAUUAAGAGCGAAGGGUACAUUUUAUAAACUCGUAUGGUAAAAUGUAAUACCAGGACCUUUCUGAACCACACGCCACUUCUCAUGUUACUGAAAGAUAGGGUGACCAGAUGCAAACAGACCAACUGUGGGAUGAAUAGUAAGUUUGUGUCGGACAAUGUGGGCCAUGUUACCAAUGCUGAAAGGUAACCUAAAACUUUGAUAUAAUGCCUACAUAACUGGAUAAGAAACAUUUGUGUUCUGCCUAUAGGCUCGUAAACACCUGUGUAAGUCGGGUUUUUUAUGAUAUAGCAGAGGAGCAGUUUGCCCCAUGUUUGGAGUUGGACUGACGGACGUCACAGCCUCUUGAUGACC